UCCACGCCUAUCGUGCAAGCAAGCGCCUACAGGAAAGAUGGCAGGACCGAAAGCAAUUGCUUUCUCUGUGUUAAUUGUAUUUCUUCUUGUUGCUGGCAUCUUAAACGUGAUUCUAAACUUUGAGGAGAAUAAAUGUGAAAUGACAUGGAUGUUUGAACAACCUCAAUAUCUGAGAGUUCCUUUACCGAAAGCUGUGACGAAAAAGUUUCCAAAUUAUGGGUUGUAUGUGUAUGGAGAAGGAAAGUAUGCAGAAAUUGUAGCUACCAUGAAGUUGACAGGUGUGCCUGUUUUAUUUAUACCUGGAAAUGCUGGUAGCUACAAACAAGCAAGAUCCUUGGGUUCAGUUGCGUUUCGGAGAGUUAUAGAUAAAGACAAGAGGUUUCACUUCAACUUUUUCACUGUGGAUCUGAACGAGGAGUUCACAGGGCUGUAUGGUGCAUAUCUGUGGCAACAAACAGAGUUUGUCCAUCGGGCAAUCAAGAAAAUCUUUACUUUAUACAAGGAGGCUGAGUAUAAACCUACUACAGUAGUGUUAGUGGGACAUUCUAUGGGUGGUAUGAUAGCGAGAGCAUUGUUUACACUACCAGACUUCAAUAUCCAGUCUGUUAACACCGUCUUUAUGCAAGCCACACCAAACCAAGCACCUGUGGUUGUGCUGGAUGCAGACCUUGCAGACUUUUAUCAGAAGGUAAAUUCCUACUGGAAGGAUCACAAUAACUCUACAUUGAAACAUGUAACACUGGUGUCUAGUGGAGGAGGGGAGUAUGAUGUACAAGUCAGAGGUGGUCUUACCCCUCUAGAUGGUAUUGUUGAAGAUAGCAGAGCAGUUAGCACUUCUACAACUCACACACCAAAAGCCUGGGUAUCAACGGAUCAUAGAUGUAUUGUAUGGUGUAAACAGGUUGUGUUUGGAUUCGUGAGGUCAUUGUUUGAUAUCAUGGAUGAAAAAAAGAAAAAGAUACAAGAUGAUGAGGAGCAUCGCAUGUCAGUUUUCCGGCAUCACUUUGUACAGCACCCGGGAACCGUUGGUUACAUACCAAAGUGGUCAGAUGAGAUAAAACUUGACAAAAACACAGAAUGGACACUGAUUAAUGAUCAGGCCUUCAAAUGGGAAAAAGAAUCUGUUAAAACAAGGACAUACCUGGCUAUACCAGUACAGGAUUAUGAAGAUGUUGACCAUGCUGUGAUAGUAUCUAAUGUGAUGGAGGAUAGCUGGGUGUGCGGCUGUGAACUCAAAGAUGGGGAAAACAAAUGUGCUACAUGUACAGAUUUAUCAUCAACAGGCAAUGUUUUACCACCUCUCUACUCAUACAAAAAGGUUGUGCAUAUAGACUUGAAUUCCGAUAAAAUGUCUAAAGUGACACAUAUUCUGGUGCUUGUUCCAGUCAUUGGUAACAGGGUUGAAGUGACAGGAGAGAUCUACGCCCAGGAUCAUAGACAUUUGAGUAACUCUCUGCCAGGUCUGGUUGAAGUGAUCAUGUCAUACCCAGAGAGUAUCUCCAAGGGAACCAUGGUGCUGGAUCUUGGCCGUGCUGCUUUCUAUAAGCUCAAACUCUACAAUCUUAACAAUGUGGUGAAGGUUUAUACUGUCAGGCUGGAAACUUCAAAAUGCACUCAGGAACCAAACAAAGAUACAAAUUCUGGAAGUAUAUUGAGGUUCCAUGUUCCUUGGGGAAAUGAGGAUAUUUAUAAGUAUAUUGAAUAUGGUAGAAGUGGGAACAUGAGUUUGAAGGUGCAGCAUAUUCCCCCAGACCCUGUGAUUACCCCGUAUGACCCAGACUUCCAGUUUGAUGCCCUGCAGGUGGAGAAUGAUUAUGUAGAACUGUAUAUACAUCUAGAUCCUACAUGCUCCUACAAGCUUAGAAUCAGCAUGUCCUUCAGGGAAAUGUUAGGUCAGUUUGUGCGUUUCUAUGGUAUCCUUCUGCCAGCAUUCUGUGUAGCAGUAUUAUUGAUGGCUUUGGUCUAUCAACUGAAAACUUUAGCUAAAGGUGAGUUCUGUGUUACUGAUGGCUUUGGUACAUCAUCAGCAUAUAAACCUUACUUUGUGGUUCCAUUUGCCCUAGUUACCCAGGCAGUGCUACAAAUGAAGGUGGUAGAGAAGCAGCUGUCAAGCCUGUUCAUUCCGACUCCUGAUAUAGUUACCCUUGAUAAACAGGGUAUAUCAUUUAGAGGGGCACAACUCAUACUGUUCCUGGUAGCACUGGCAGUGUCAACAUUCCAAGCUGUAGUUGUCUACCUUGUCCUAGAGUUCAACAGUAGACUACUAGGGCUGAUACUUGGAUGGCUUCCAUCAUCUGUAUCUAGACUGGGUAACAGUAUUGCUGUUAUUGUAUGUCUGGCCUCGGUUGGACUGUCUGCCACUGUCUGUGGGUCAAUAGGAAUAUUUGUUUGUCAUAUUUUAGGAUUUCUACAGCUGCUUAGACUUUGCUAUCAAGCUAGACAGACAAAGGACCCAGGGACACAAUCAAAAUAUCAUUUUUAUCAGACAGUGUUUAUGAUAUGGAUGUGGCUAUUGAUUCUCAACUCCCCAUCACUUCUUGUUUUAGGGAAGUCUAUAGAGUCUACAAAUGUUAUACCAUUAUUUAGUCGUGAUCCAAGCAGAAUAGUUGGAACCUUAGCAACAGUAACAUUCCUGUGCCUAAUACUAUGCAAUAGUCCACUGUCAGACAGGUCAUCAUUAAGAGGUAUAUCACAGUUCAUCCAUAUAAUGGUGACACAGAUGCUGGUGUUUGCUAUGGUGAUGUUGUACAGAAUUACCUAUGUUGUUGUUGCAUCACUGGUGCUCAUAGCUCUCACGCAACUUGUAGGCAUGCUCAGGUCUAAAAGGGCUGAAAGACCGAAAACUGAGUGAUGUAAUAUGAUGCAGAAAUAGGGCAGCAGCAAAAUAAUUAUUGACAUGUUUUAAAUACUAUUUGAUUAGAAGGGGCCAUUUCCCUGGUGCUGGUAAGGAACUGACAAAGGGGCUGAAAGUACAUUGACAGAGAAUUUUAGGAUCCAAGAUUUGUAACAAAUUAUGACAUUACUUGACCACCAUACAACAUACUAAUAGACACAAAACCAAUACAGAAUAUUCUCUGUCAAGGAAAAUGUGUAUCAGGUGAGCUUAAAGGUGGUCAAUCACAUUUAAUCAACAUUUAAUGACAUUUUUUACUUUUUGUAUAUUCUGGUAGAGAAUUAUUUAAGGAACAAAAAGACCGAUUACAUAGAGUUAGAUUCCUAUUUGAAAUGUAUAUUUUAUUAUUUUUAUAAAAUUUUGUAAUUACUCCCCUUUAAUAUGAAAGUAUAUAAAAAGCUGGGUAUUUCUUUUUAUUUCAAUACAAUGUCUAGUUUUACAUUUGCAUUUGAUAAACAUAUCAACUAUUGAACAAUCUGAACCAAAAUGCAAGUUUUAAAGCUGUGUGUAGCUUCUGAAUUCAUUUAUUUCCAAUCUAUCUUGGUUGCGCAACCAAGAUAGGCAAAGGGAGGUAAUAAUAAUUUUUCAAACUUGCGUUUCUAAUGAAUUCCAUCUAAAUACAUAAUUUUUAAUGCAAAUAUUUUACAAAUAUAUUACAAUAUGUCUAAUAUUUAUACAUUUCCUUAGGCAAAGUAUGUUUAUCAAAUUUAUACUUAUGAUAAAAUAACUCUUAUCUUGGUUGGGCAACCAGGAUAGGAAAAUGAAAUUUUAAAAAUACCUCCAGUGAAAAUCUAAUUUGUAUUAAGUGUUUAGUGAAUAUAAAUGAGUGUAAAUGAUCAGAUGCUAAAGUUUCGAACAAAUCCGUUACAUGGCCAAAAUCUGAUUAUCCACCUUUAAACCUGAUGUGAUUUUUCGGGAUGGUUUAUAUUUAAACAAGACAGAUAUUGGGAGAGGCCAUCAUGGAGAUGUGUUUUACAAAUCCAUCUUGUUUUGUAUUAACAUUGUCAUCUAGUUGUUUUAUUCUUUGGAAAAAAAUGUGUCUUACUGAAUAAAUGAGAUCCAUACUGUAAAAACUGUAUUUUAAAGUACAUUAAUUAAGUCAGCUAUACAUAGCUUUUGAAGAAAAAGUAGAGCUAUUGCACUUGCCCUGGCGUCAGCGUCGCCGUUAGUUUAAGCUUUUGAUAAAGUCAAAUAUCUCUUUUACUAUCUUUUAGCUAUUGACUUGAAACAUAAAAUAUUAUUUACUAUCAAUGUCUACACCAGGAGAAAUAAUCCCCAUAACUCUGAUUUGAAUUUUGACAGAGUUAUGACCCUUCUUAACUUAGUAUUUUUUUGGUUAAAGUUUUUGAUAAAGUCAAAUAUCUCUGUUACUGUCAAAGCUUUUGACUUGAAACUUAAAACAAUUAUUUACUAUCAAAUUCUACACCAGGAGAAACCAUCCCCAAAACCCUGAUUUGAAUUUUGACAGAGUUAUGCCCCUAUUUAACUUAGAAUUUUUGGUUAAAGGUUUUGAAAAAGUCAAAUAUCUCUGUUACUAUCAAAGCUUUGGACUUGAAACUUAAAACAAUUAUUUACUAUCAAAUUCUACACCAGGAGAAACCAUCCCCAUAACUCUGAUUUGAAUUUUGACAGAGUUUUGCCCCAUUUUAACUUAAAAUUAUUGGUUAAAGUUUUUACUGGCAAAGCUCUAAUUCAGAGUUAAGCACUGAGAAAAGUCAAGCGUGCUUUCUUACAGACAGCUCUUGUUUUUUCAUACGGUCAUGUCACUUUGUGUAAGCCUUUGUUAUAUUUCAUCUAAUUUCUCCAGGUGACUGUAGUUUUUCUUAUUUGCUCAUAUAUGUAUUUUUAAGAAUUAUGAACAAUUAUGAAUAGAUUUUAAGUCAUGUUUGACUGCCAUAGUAACUGUGUUACAUAACUGUCAUUUGUGGUGCAUUAUUAACUCAGUGUUCUGUGAGUGUAUUAUUUGUGCUUGACGAAUUUCAACUGGUCUUUUGUAUUUAUUAAGUAAAAUAAAUUUUAACAGGA